AUGGCUUCGGCAACGAUGGAGCCAACGUCGGGGGGGGAACUUGUCACGUUCAAACCGACCGAGUUCGUCUACACAUGCAACAACGAGUCGCUGGCGGAAGGAAAGCGCAACCACAUGAAGAAUCCCAACGCCUUUGACCCAGCCAUAGCCCGCUCGUUUGCGGACUCCGUUGUUUCCUGCGGUGCCAUGUCGGAGACGACCUUCAUGAUACUUUCUCCAGCAUCGAAGACGUGGGGAACAACGGAGACGUGGCUCAGCGAGACGAUGAAGGCGCUAGGGCACUUGCCGGAAACAAGCGAUGAGCGGAGGGAGAUGGAAUCACGGAUCAGCGCUCUUAUUCAGGCCAAGGGCCCUGAGGCUACUUGGGAUGAGACAAUAAAGGCAACUUUGUGGGACUACGCUGCGUAUGGACCACCAACCAACAUUGAGUUCAACGCUGCGCGGCCGGAGUUUGUUGCGGUGCAGGGACAGCACCGCGCAGCGGUACUCAAUGCAGCGUUCGCGACCGAUUUAGGUUUGUCGCUGAGUCGCGGAGGCGACCUUCAGGGCGGACUCUUUACAGACGACGACUGUGCAACCAAGAUGCCUACUCUGAAGGGGCAGCUGGAGAAAAUGAAAAUAUCCGUGAACGUCUACUCCUUUCUCACCCAUGACCAAGCCGAGGAGGUGGGGAGACGCCAGCGUACGGUCGAGAAGACCACCACGGAUGUCACUUUCUUGGACGUCGCGAAAAGCCAAGGGGACCUCGUGCGACAGGUCUUCAACCCGAACAAAAAGAUCUGUCGUGAGCGUGCGAAGGAGGCUUUCGGGCCUAAGUGGCGGCAUAUAAUGAAGAACGGUGGCAAGAGGGGAGAACAAAAGGUUAUCAGAAGGGACCUCGUCAAUCGUGUCCACGAGGCGAUGCGAAAACAGCUAGGUUUGGAAAACCAAGGAAAAAGUUCUUUCGCCGUCUACGUGUACGCCUUGGCGUUGGACCCGGAGAGGCCCUCGCUCCGACUCCUUCGCCGAUACUUCAACGACCAAAACGCCAAGGUGGUCAAGGCCAAGGCAGCCAAGGUCAAGAGCGUAGUGCGAGCGUCCAAACACUCUGCCGGAGAGGGUUCCGGUCACGAAGACCACGCUUCGGGCACGGACUAUACCCCGCACAGCAUCACCGUUACCGCGAUGGGAGCCUUCUUUUCGCUUACAUCCUACAGCCAGGACACUCAGCUCGUCCAGGACCUAUUGAUGGAGAAGGGUCUUACCGAGGAUUUUCGGACACAGUGCUAUCGCCAUUUCGUCGUCCUUGAAGUCGUGCGGGCUAUGGUCACUGGGUUGGUUACCCGGAGAAACUGCCUGGACGACCCUCACCCUUACAAGGACAACGAGACUGUCAUUCCAGUACCCGCCGAGACGAGCGAGCUCUUUUCGCUACUGAAGACCUUCGUCAGUGAGGAGGAGGGUGCUGCGGUUGCCAUCGCUGGCAAAGCAUUCAUCAGCAGCAUGCACCAGGAGGUAGACUUCUGGGUUCCGCAUCUUGUGCGUUUCUCACUCGAGGAGACAGACAAAAACGGACCGUUCAUGAGCGGGACGUUCAACGUCCCCAAAUCUGCUCUCACGAUGUCGUUGAACAGGAGAACGACUGCCUUCACACAUGACCUCAGUACGGAGAACGUCAACCCCUCGAACAAGUCGAACCUCACACCUGGAUGGGGGGUGGAACCCUUUAUGUCCACGUCUGGAACAGAGCCCGACUACACCCCGCGGACGUGGGAUGACUGGUUCACGUUCCAGAUACGAGGGGACCGUGGCGAGCUCGACCCCAAGUACAUGUAUCGCAUGGUUGCAACCGUCUUUGGUCUGCUUAUUGUCGACCGGAAACUCGUGGGGCUGUCCUCCGGGCACAUGCUUGCGGAAAGGCGGGGCAAAUUUCGUGAUCUUUUGGGGGCUAUCCCGGCUGUUGGGGCGGGAGCGAAGCUCAAGGCGCUUCUGAAGAACCAGAAGGCGGUGAAGGCUUACCUCCAAGUGGACGACCAGUCCUUCUUUGCCGAAGAUCGACUUGCCCUCUUGUUUGGUGACAAUCAAGCGACUGGGGGGAAGAGCGUGAAGGCAAGUGCCGAACGGGAGUCCUCGGACGAGGGGUCGUCGGCCGACAGCAGCAGCGACGUGGAUGAUUCUGCCCCCAAGCGCGGGUCGAAAGAACCCCAGGAAAAAUUCGCGGUAUCCAUCGUAAGGGACUCUGGCAAUAACGACGCUUCUGAGGUCUCGGUUCGCUGGCCCAAGAGCGUGGUCUCACAACUUAACCUGUUGGACGAUGACGGAGAGCUGAAGUGUUCAGAUGGCAUCUUCCGUUUCAACAUCGAGAAAGAGGCAACGUGA